GGGCAAUUUCCUUAUAAGAUCCGAUGUUCUUUGUAGAUUCUUAACUAACAGGAAACUCGUCCACAGUCAUACAGUUGCCACAGAAUAUCAAAACGGUUUAUAAACAGACCAAUUGGAAUAUUUCGAUUAGCUUAGUAAGAUUUCGUCGCUAGAAGAACAUUGGUUGAAAAUUCUAAUCAGCAAAUGCCAAACACUGAGGCAGUUGAAGCGGCAAAUCUAAUAAAUGCCCUUGAAAUAAAGCCGUUGCGAAAGACAAGGAAACAGACGUGUUUAACACAAUUACGUGUUGAACUUGUGAAGCUGAUAAGUGUUACUAACAACAUUUUACACCUCUAACGGUAAACUUGUGAAUACCUAGUGAAAUGUUAAAAUCAGGAAGCACGUCUGAGUACGAUCAGGACAAUGAAGGAGAUGGUUCCAAAGAUAUUGGAGAAGAUUCCAAGGACGAUGCUCAAAGCAAUCCCGAGGCUAAAGAUAAUUCUUCAACAAUAGACACUACUGAAGAUGAUACCCAAGCGGGCCUGUAUGAUGUUAACAGUAACAUCGAAUUCAACAAUGCAUUGUCAAAUCUCAAGAGUUAUAGUCACACGCCCAAAGAAAUCGAAGAAGACCCGGCAGGAUCCGGACCAUUUAACGGAAAUGCAUCUGUUGAAGCGGACUGUGCAACUGAAGAUUUCACAACGCUUCAAAAUGGCAACACGAGUAUCACAGCGGCGAGCUAUCCGAAUGAUCAAGAUUACGCAUAUCAUGUCCAAAAUCAAAACGGUUCCAUGUAUCAAUCACCGGCGAGUAGCAUGCCAACACAGUCUCAAAUGCAAGUUCUACAUUCUCAACAACAAGCAGAUCCCAUGGCGUACACUCAAAAUAGAAGCGACUACGCCAUGUACCCGCAAACGGAUAAUUUCUCUGUACCCGAAGAAUCGACAUAUCCGGCCAGGAAGGCAUGUGUCUAUCUCUGUAAUAGAGACAUUUGGAGCAAGUUUCACCAACACACUACCGAAAUGAUCAUAACUAAACAAGGACGGAGAAUGUUCCCCACACUUCAAUUUAGUCUGGCAGGACUUGACCCCCACAAACACUUCAACGUCUUCAUAGAUAUGGUUCUGUCCGAUCCCAAUCACUGGAAAUUUCAGGCAGGAAAAUGGACCCCUUGUGGACAAGCUGAACAAUUACCACAAAAUGGACGAGUGUAUCUGCAUCCCGAUUCCCCCAAUACUGGGGCCCAUUGGAUGAAGCAGGACAUUGUUUUCAGCAAGCUUAAACUUACAAACAAUAAAACAUGCGACCAGAGAUUUAUUGUGCUGAACUCAAUGCAUAAGUACCAGCCUCGCAUACACGUGAUAGAGGUUAACACGUGUGGGUCCAGAGAACAGAAGAAUCUCCAGACGCAUAGCUUUCCCGAGACACAGUUCAUUGCAGUUACUGCAUACCAGAAUACAGAUAUUACUCAGCUAAAAAUUGACCACAAUCCAUUUGCCAAAGGUUUCCGAGACACGUACGAUAGAGGUUUUGACAGGAGUGGAGAGCGCGCCGCUGGAAUGCCGCAUGGUACAACACUGAUGAACCCGAUCGGCGGGUAUUCGAAUCACCCUCCGAUGCCACAGCAUCCCAUGAUGAAACUUAGGCCGCCAAUGCUACAACAAGUGCAUGAAACACAAUCGUUUCCUCAUUCGAUGUCGGAUUAUACUGAGCAACAUUCCCAGGACCAGUACCCAUCAAACGGAAAUAUAACUUGGUACGAUCAGCAGUCAAUUAACACCUCCGGUCAAUAUGCUGGAAUGAACGAAACGUCUAUGUUUGCAAAUUCAGUCGGAGGAUAUAAUUACAACGCCAUUGAUGCUACAACUCCCGCAAACGUAUACAAGACACCGGCGUCUAUCGGGUACUAUAAUGAUCUAGGCAUGACAGCGAGUGGCUCUUCACCGACCACCUCUGGAUCUGCUCGUCAUUCAACUGGUUCUGCAAGCGAUGAUAGCGAAGUGUCAUAUUCCAAGUGCGACUGGCCCGUAGCUGAUCCUAAACAAUCAAGUGGAAGAGAACUUGUAUCCCCAGGUAAUGAGUUACACGUUGCAAAGAGGCGCAAAAUGUCAUCAGAUGCCCAAAGCACACUAGAGACGUCUCCAGAACAGACUGUUCCGAGUGAUCAUAAUGCCCAGGACACAAACGGUCUCAUCAGCUUUUAUGCGCUUCAGGGUGACUAUCAAGCCCAAGGUACUGGAGAUGCUUUCCAGUAUAACACCCACAUGCAAGAAACUACGGCAAAUAUUGGAUGAGAAUUCUGAGGGAGAGAUUCAACACAUUCCAAGCAAGAAUGAA